AUGUCUUUUCCAUCAAUCACUUCCUCAUUCUGUGAGGAGCGUGAUAUCCGCAGUCGUCUUGUUCGUUUCUACGAAAAACACAAUCCUCAACAGUUAAACCAUAUUGAUACUAUACUCUUUGUGUAUAAAGAUCACUGGGACGAACUAUUUGAUGCCUUGGCGGAAAAGUAUGAAGGAAGACCAACACAAUCAAAGAGAAAGCCCUUCUCUUUUUUUACUACCCAUGAACAUGAAGGUUCCUCCAUAGAUAUAUUGCCCCGUGAUGAAAAGGAUCCUGACACUCCAUCUUUUUUCAAGCUUCGUGAUCCUAUCUUGGUUGUGCAAGAUCGGUUAAAGAAAAAUCUAGGAGAUAGUAAGGAGUACGAAUCAACGAUUACGUACCUUAACAGUGACACCAUUCAAAACUCUCAAAAACGUUUACAAAGGCGCCAUUUAACUGUUGAGGAUGAAGAAGCUGUGGUUUUACGUUUACGUCUCCAGCAACUUUUUAUGCGUUUCAUUCCAAAUGAAAUAUUUCAUAUGGAAGAAAUUAUGUCACGGUAUCGAGAAGCAUAUAAAGAAAAAGUACGUUUUAGUGGAGAUAGUUGUAGAUUUAUUACUGAUAAAGAGUGGCAAGAAGCGAUGAUAAAGGAUUUUCUUUGUGAAUUUGAUCAAAAAGGAAUAAAAAAUGAUAACCAUGACAUUGCCACUCAACAAAUGAAAAUUCCCAAUUUCAAUUAUCGUUAUUCAAUGGAUACACUUUCUUCAUUUUCUCCUAUGGAUACAUUAGAGGUGGCAGAGCCACUAUUGGAUACAGAAUCUCUUAACCCAAAUCAAUAUGUUACAUCAAAGACUCCAGUUGUUAAAACUAUAUGUGCUCCUUUUUCACUAAAUCAUUUCUCUCCUCAUAAAAAUGAGAAUAUAUUUCACUCUAAUAUUGGAUCAUCAAUAGGUAAUCUGUAUACACCCCCUGGAGAUAAUUGGUUAGCUGAUGCUGCUGAUAGAUUCUCAACAACUACACCACCACCACCACCACCACCACCACCCCAGGAGAAAAGGUCUUCUUCUCUUACACCAUUUGAGAGUAAAAGUAUGAUCUAUGAAGAGGAUGAGCAACAGAAGAAAAAUGAGAAGAAGGAAGAAAAAGAAAAAAACAAGAAGAGUAAAAACAGAGAAACUACGGGAUCUUUUAUUGUUCUUCGCCGUAACAUAUGUGUAAAAGAAGUACUGGAGAUGUUUUUGCAAACUAAUGAGGAGCAAGAGGCAGAAAAUAUUCUUGAUUGUUUAACAAGAGAGGGUGUGCUAGAUUCUCCCUUUUUUCAUUAUCGACUUUUUUUCUUAUUGUGUGGUUCAUUGGAAAUCUUGGAAAACCAAGAACCACCUUUUGUAGUUAAUACUACUUCUCUGUCGUUGUCAAAAAGGGAAGUAAGAAUUCCAUAUUGGGAGUCUUCUUUCCAGAGUUGUCUGAUCUGGAGUGCCAAACCACCACGAGAAGGUCAUGCAUUUCUUCUGGAAAACAACGAUUUUAUUGAAAAUAUACCUACUGAGUUAAUGGAUAAAAUCCAAACCGCGUGGUUUGUCAGCCGAUCAAUUGGCUUAGAAUAUCUAUGGCGAGACGAAGUGACAUUUGCAGACGUUGUAGCGCUACAUAUGCGUUACUUUGUACAUCGUUAUGCUGUUAUUAAAUGGGUGGUGCUUCGACCCUUCUUUCAUCUGCGUAAAUCUAAUACGUGUAAUGAUAGAUUUCAACAUAAUGAGUUAAAUCGAAAUCUGGGAAAUGCAUGGGAACUUCUAUGGUUUAUUGAUGCUGUUAAUGAAAUUGGCCGCACCUUUGGUAAUGAUAAUGAACUCUGUUGGAUCAAAUAUAUUCAAAUAUGGCUGGAUGAAUACAAGAUAGAUGAAAUAAUCACUUCGCUGCAAGAUGAGUACUACAGUAAACCAAAAUUUUCUGAACUCUAUACUACUCCUUUUGACCAGAAUAAAGAAAAGAAGACGAAUGAGGAAAGUGAUCACCGUAGUAUUCUAACAGAGACUAAGAAAAGAUUACCAUAUGGUAUUGAAACGUUAUUGACAUGUACUGUUAUACUUUGUCUACGUAUAGAUCAUUCUUUAAGUGUGAUAACAUAUAAUGAUGUUUGCGCAACUUACCACUGCCUAAGUGUCGCUGCUAUUUCAGAAAAGGAAAAAUAUGAUCGAUUUGUUAUCCUUAAAGAGUGGGAGGAUGAAUAUACCUACUUGAAUUACCUUGCAGAGCAAAGUACCGCUCUAGUUUCCCUACAGGAACGAGAGUGUCGACAGCGUGGUGCUGUAGAAGUUGAGGAAUUUACUAUUUGGCUGAAAUUAGUACAGUCUGUGUUUUCAGCGUGUACUGUGAAAAAUGGAAUUCUGGUUACUCUUCCAGAGAUGAUGAAUCCACCUCUUCUUUACUAUCCUCUCAGUAGUGUAUCACAAUCCACCACUAACCGUAAUGUCUCAGGUAGUUCAAUGAGUUCUACAUUUUUGGAUCCUGUGAUGUGUGGAAACCGAUGGACUGUACGUCAGCGUGUGGCUGCGUUGUUUGAGCGUGAGGCUAAACAUCAACGCCGCCUUAAAGAACAACGCCAAGUGGAAAAAGUUGCGUAUAUGCUACGAAACGGAAAAUUAUCGCUUUAA